UAUCAAAACCCUUAAAAGUUUAACGUCAAAAAAUAAUACAAGAUGAAUUAAAAUGUGUAGUGAAAAUGGAGUCCAUCAUUAUAAUGGAAAAUAACACCGACUACUUCGUUGUAAAAAAUAUGGAUAAUGCAGCUUCAGUAGAAGGGGAGAAGAGAUGCAUAAUUAAUUUUAAUGAAAACAAUAAAGGCAAUAUUCUUCUUCGAUCAUUUUUCGCUCAAUCAUUUCAAAAAGUUCGUGAGUGUGUUGAAGUGCGACUAAAAGAAUCCAGUGAAGGUAAUAGAUUGGAAACUGUGUGUAAACAAGUGCCAGUGGAUCUCGAUGAAGACCAUGAUUUUUACCAUCGUUGGAAACAAGACAAUUAUGCCCAUCAUUUGUAUGGUAAAAAACUUUAUUUAUCACUCAACGAUCAAUGCACGUUGUUUACUAGCGAAGACGGUUCAACUGUAAAUUAUACUGUACAAGAAAAGCUAUGCUCUUCACAAGAGGAAACGGGUGCUAAAAUUAUUUUAUGUUGCUUCCAUGCUUCUCAAUCUUGUCAAAAUAAAUUGCCUAUCAGAAUUAGGUUACCAGAUACAAAUGUUUUUAUGGUCCUGUUAAGUUACGCCAACGAAAUUGAAAAUGUGUUACUGUUUGAUACAGGAGUUGAAAACAAACGAAGGGUCAUUAAUAUCAUCAACAUUUCUGGAAAUUAG